GUGUGGACAGGUAUGAGAGAGGUUGGAUUGAACUAGUGAAAGAAGAAUUUGUAAAGCUGAGGACAUGUGUUUUGCCAGGCGUGCUAGAUGUAUUGGCUCUAAGUUGCUCUUCCUUGCCCUGCUCAGCAUCGUGGCCAACAUUUUACUUUAUUUUCCCAAUGGCGAAACAAGAUUUGCUUCACAGCAUCGCCUCAGCAAAUAUGUGGAGUGCCUUCAUGGCAUUGUAGGUGGAGGCAUUUUGGUACUCAUUCCAGCUGCAGUAUUCAUUGGGCUUCACAACGAUGACUGCUGUGGGUGCUUUGGCCGUGGGAGCUGUGGGAAACGGUGUUCGAUGCUGUCCUCAGUUCUGGCAGCCUUCAUUGGGAUGCUUGGCUCUGGAUACUGCAUAAUCAUUUCAGCACUUGGCUUGUCUCAUGGACCUUAUUGUUUGACUCAUGCAGGAAGAAACUGGGUCUAUCCUUUCAAUUCUGGAGGGUACUUGUUUGAGUACAACAAGUGGUCUGUAUGUCAGGAGCCUUAUAACAUCGUGCAGUGGAACGUCACCCUCUUUUCCAUCCUCCUUGUCGUGGGAGGAAUAGAGUUCAUUCUGUGCUUCAUACAGAUCAUCAAUGGCUGUCUUGGAGGAUUCUGUGGGUUGUGCUGCCGUCAUCAGGAGGCAUACUCUUGCUAGAAACCUGAUAAUGCGUUGACGUUGGUGCAUGUGUGUAGUGUAUUGAAUAUUCUAUGGUUUGGUUUUGAUUUUUUUUGUUUGGUGUUUUUUUUAAUAUUCCAUGCGUACUAAAAUGCACAUUGGUUGUCAAACUGUGCUGUUGCCACCAAUUUAGCUGAUUUGGGACCAGCCUUUAUUGUUGGAGUCAUAUGCAGGUUUUCCACUAGCCUGCCUGUGUGUAAAGGCAAUAUGUUCCCUGAAUUUCUUCGGUUCAUCUCAUCUUAGAACAGGCAACUGCCUGAACAUGUCACUAAUGAUGUUUUUAUGUGGGUUUUUUUUUUCCCCCCUUUUUACUGACACAACAGCUCUUUAUGCUGCUUUCCCAACAAAGUUGCACUUUUAUUCUGAUGUUGUAAUGGAGACAAACCCAAUCUAGUCUGGCCUGGAUAUAAAUGAAUACUCAGCUGGAGCAAAAAAAAAAAAAGCAGCAGUGAAAUGUGGAUGAUUGAGGGCAGAUAGAUCCACUUCACCUUUUCAGGAUUUUUCUGAACUUCUCCUGUAUUUCACAAAUAAAGAUUUGUAUUCAAAAUAC